GCGGCGGCGGCAUGGGCGGCGGGGCGCGGCGCCCCCAGCCUGCGACCCCGCGGACCCUCCUCUCGGCGCGCCGCCUCCGCAGCCGGGGCUCCGGCGUGACUCCGGCACCGAGCCCCACUCCCGCGGGCGGCGCGUAGGGCGGCUAUCGAUACGUGCCCUCCCGGGACCCGUCGGCUUCAGCCCGGGUCGCACGGCCGCCGAGCCGCCUCCGGCGGGGCCCUCCCGAGGCCCCGGAGCGGGGACCAUGAAAGGGGUCUGAACAAGGCACAGAUAGAGAAGGCACCUGGGCUGGCCUGCGUGUCUUUACCAGUUUGCCAGAGACCAUGAACUCUCCUCCCCCAGACGUGUUGGGACAUCCCAGUUCCUCAGCCACUUGAUUCUGACCUCCAUCCUUCUUUGCUCUGCUUGCUGUCAGGUCACCUGGAACUCAGUGAGGUCGGCCGCUGGCGACGGAGAUGCGCUGUGUGUUACAGAAGAGGAGCUGGCAGCCGACGACGACGAGGACAUGCCGUCCUUCCCGUGCACACAGGAGGGCCGGCCGGGGCCCCGCUGCAGCCGCUGCCAGAAGAACCUGUCUUUGCACACGUCGGUGCGGAUCCUUUACCUCUUUCUGGCCUUCCUCCUUGUGUCUGUGGCCGUGCUGGCCUCUCUGGUUUUCAGGAAAGUGGACUCUCUCUCAGAAGACAUCUCCCUGGCCCAGGCCCUUUAUGACAAGAAGCUUGUGUCUAUGCAGGAAAAUCUCCAAGGGCUGGAGCUGAAAGCCCCGAACAACUGCUCUUUCUGCCAUGAGGCUGGGCAGCUGGGGCAAGAGAUCAGAAAGCUGCAGGCGGAGCUGGAGGGAAUUCAGAAGAUGCUUCUGGCUCAGGAGGUCCAGCUGGACCAGACCUCCCAGACCCACGAACUGCUCUCCACCACCAGCGGUCAGAUCUCCCAGGAGAUGGGCAAUUGCUCCUUCUCCGUCCACCAGAUCAACCAGUCUCUGGGGCUCUUCCUGGCCCAGGUGAGAGGCUGGCAGGCCACCACAGCCGGCCUGGACCUCUCUCUGAAGGACCUCACCCAGGAGUGCUACAACGUCAAGGCUGCGAUGCACCAGAUCAACUUCACCGUGGGGCAGACUUCUGAGUGGAUCCACGGGAUCCGGCGGAAGACAGACGAGGAGACCCUGACCCUCCAGAAGAUGAUCGCCGACUGGCAGAACUACACGCGGCUCUUCAGCAGCCUGCGCGCCACCUCGGCCAAGACGGGAGAAGCGGUCAAGAGCCUCCAGGCCACCCUGGGGGCCUCCUCCCAGCGCAUCAGCCAGAAUUCUGAGAGUAUGCACGACCUGGUGCUGCAGGUCAUGGGCUUGCAGCUGCAGCUGGAUAACAUCUCGUCCUUCCUGGAUGACCAUGAGGAGAACAUGCACGACCUGCAGUACCACACCCACUACGCCCAGAACCGCACGGUGGAGAGGUUCGAGACGCUGGAAGGACGCAUGGCUUCCCAUGAGAUCGAGAUCGGCACCAUCUUCACCAACAUCAACGCCACCGACAGCCACGUGUACAGCAUGCUCAAGUACCUGGAUGACGUGCGGCUCUCCUGCACGCUGGGCUUUCACACCCAGGCCGAGGAGCUCUACUACCUGAACAAGACCGUCUCCCUUAUGCUGGCCACCACCGACCUGCUCCGGGAGCGCUUUGGCCUGCUCAGCGCCCGCCUGGACUUCAACGUCCGCAACCUGUCCAUGGUCAUGGAGGAGAUGAAGGCCGUGGACACGCAGCACGGGGAGAUCCUGCGCAACGUCACCAUCCUACGAGGUGCCCCAGGCCCUCCAGGACCGAGAGGACUCAAGGGAGAUGUGGGCGUGAAAGGGCCUGUUGGCAGCAGAGGACCAAAAGGAGACCUCGGCAGCUUGGGCCCCCCAGGACCUCAGGGUCCUCAAGGGCAGCCAGGGGACACUGGGCCUGUAGGAGAAAGGGGGCCGGUUGGCCUGCGAGGUUUCCCAGGCAUCAAAGGCUUGAAGGGCAGCUUUGGAACUGGAGGCCCAAGAGGACAGCCAGGCCCCAAAGGGGACGUGGGGCCUCCAGGGCCAGAGGGGCCCCCAGGGUCUCCAGGGCCAGAGGGGCCUCAGGGAAAACCAGGGAUCGCUGGGAAGAUAGGGUCACCAGGCCAGCGGGGGCCCAUGGGGCCAAAGGGCGAACCAGGAAUCCAGGGUCCCCCUGGCCUCCCUGGGCCCCCAGGCCCACCAGGGAGCCAGAGCCGCUAUUGAGGAGCGGCCCGGUCCCGGACACUGCCACGCAGAAGGUGGGGAAGGGUGCUCGGGUGAGGAGAGACCCCUGAAAAGCCGCACCUGCACACAUUGUGGUCCUUCGGUCCCGAAGAGCGUUCUCCCAGGCCUGCCCCUGCACCUCCGGGCUUCCCAGUAGUGACUAUACCAUAGAAGGCAGCCCCGUAUACACACACGCACAUGCACACGCACAUUUCCCUGCUGGCCGGGGGGCUGACUGGGUUUCCGUGGCUGGGCGGGAGGAGAGGGCAGGAGAAGCCCCCUCGCCUGUGGCUGAGCCUGCCGGGGAAGCGGCUACCUCGGGGCAGCGGUCUUAACUCUGGCUCUGAGUUGGUGACCAGCGCUAGUCUUUCUAGCAUCUUCACACCCAUCCUAGCUGGCUGGCAGUUCCCUGAGGCUCCCAGGGGUUGAAAAGACCCAGGAAAAGCUUUGCAGGGGAUUAUGGUUCAAACUCGAGGGACGAGGUGGAUUUGGCAACCAUAAGACCUUCCCUGUAACCAUGGGAGCAGCGUCCCGGGAACUCACACGGGACACACCUGGGCCCUGAGCACUGUGUCCCCAGGAGUUCAGCAUUUUUUUCCACAUCUCCAGAAAAUUCCUCGCUUCAUCCUUGCAUCCACCUCUCAGGAGCAUCUCAGAAAGAAUCCAAGCAGGAGCUUCAUCUGCACCGGAACACUCUCCGGGCCCUGGAACGUUCUGCCAAAGUAGAAGGCCCCGUUCCGAUCCGGGGGGUGACCGCUUUGUGGCAACUGGGGGAGGGCUGACCGCCGGGCUGCUCUCCCUUCCCCGCGCCUGCUCUCCUCCUGACCUCACCCCACCAUGACCCAGAAUGGCCCCAGGCCUCUCUGCAGGGGCAGAUGGACCAGAUGAGGGGGAGGGGCCCCAGCUGCCUUUGAUGUCACCCCUCACCCACCUUCAUCCUCCUGCGCAGCCAGCAGCAAGGAGGACUGGGACAUCCCCAGUGAAGCUGCCCCUCCUUUGUGUUCUAACAGAUAACGACCACCCCUGGGAUGGGGGCUUACAGCUGUCCCCUCCCCAGCCCGACCCAGAGACCGGCCCCUCUCCAUUCCAGAAGCCUUCCCCCUUCUUGUAACAGGUGUGCAACUGGCUUGCACUCCCACUGCCCUCACUGCCGUGUAGUUCUCCUGUCUACAUAUGAUAUCAUGCCACGUAGUAUCACCGACUCAGUAAAGAGCUGUUUCCAGGA